GCCCGUCUAGCUGUGGAACCCACCGAAAGCUGAGAGUCUCUCUCUCAGCCGUAAAGGUCGGACUCGCUGAAGCAGUCAGGCCCGGUUCUGAAGAGUUUUUUCGCCGACUCUCGUUCACUGGUCUCCUGUGAGGACGCAGCAGCGCGUGGAGUCGGCUAAGGGAAAAGCGAGGCAAGGCAGGCGGGUCUUCAGAGUUCUACAUUUUAGCUCUCAGUGCUGAAUUUCCUUCUCCCUUAAAUUAUUAUAAACUUUUGCUGCUGUCUAAGAAGCGUGAAGAUGUCUCGCAGUCCUGAUGCAAAGGAAGACCCUGUGGAAUGCCCUCUUUGCAUGGAGCCCUUGGAGAUAGACGAUAUUAACUUUUUCCCUUGCACCUGUGGCUACCAGAUAUGCCGAUUUUGUUGGCAUCGAAUUCGCACUGAUGAGAAUGGACUUUGUCCUGCGUGUAGAAAGCCAUAUCCAGAAGACCCAGCAGUUUAUAAACCACUUUCCCAGGAAGAAUUGCAAAGGAUAAAGAAUGAGAAAAAGCAGAAACAAAAUGAGAGAAAACAGAAAAUUUCAGAAAACCGAAAACAUUUGGCUAGUGUACGUGUGGUACAAAAAAACCUCGUCUUUGUUGUAGGUCUGUCACAGCGCCUAGCAGACCCAGAAGUUUUAAAACGACCAGAGUAUUUUGGGAAGUUUGGUAAAAUACAUAAAGUUGUCAUCAAUAAUAGCACAUCAUAUGCAGGCUCACAGGGUCCGAGUGCCAGUGCUUAUGUAACCUAUAUCCGGUCAGAAGAUGCUCUCAGAGCAAUACAGUGUGUCAACAAUGUGGUGGUAGAUGGCAGGACACUGAAGGCGUCUUUAGGUACAACAAAAUACUGCAGUUACUUCUUAAAGAAUAUGCAGUGCCCAAAGCCUGACUGCAUGUAUCUGCAUGAAUUGGGAGAUGAGGCAGCCAGCUUCACAAAAGAGGAAAUGCAGGCGGGUAAACACCAAGAGUAUGAACAGAAACUACUUCAAGAAUUAUAUAAAUUAAAUCCCAAUUUUCUUCAGCUAUCUACGGGUUCAGUUGAUAAGAAUAAGAACAAAGUGACGCCAUUGCAAAGGUAUGAUACCCCCAUUGACAAACCUUCAGAUUCUCUCAGUAUAGGGAAUGGUGAUAAUUCCCAACAGAUAUCUAACAGUGAUACGCCUUCACCACCACCUGGUUUAUCAAAAUCCAAUCCCGUCAUCCCCAUCAGCUCAUCCAAUCACAGUGCAAGGUCUCCUUUUGAAGGGGCAGGAACAGAGUCACAGUCAUUAUUUUCAGACAAUUUUCGCCACCCCAACCCUAUACCAAGUGGGCUUCCUCCUUUUCCCAGCUCUCCACAGACACCCAGUGAUUGGCCUACAGCUCCAGAACCACAGAGCCUCUUCACAUCAGAAACAAUCCCAGUGUCAUCAUCUACAGACUGGCAAGCAGCAUUUGGCUUUGGUUCUUCUAAACAGCCAGAGGAUGACUUGGGUUUUGAUCCCUUUGAUGUCACUCGAAAAGCCUUAGCAGACCUGAUUGAGAAGGAACUGUCCGUCCAAGAUCAACCUUCCCUGUCUCCCACAUCUCUUCAGAACUCCUCCUCACACACUACAACCGCCAAAGGUCCAGGCUCUGGAUUUCUGCAUUCUGCUGCACCUACAAAUGCCAACUCUCUUAAUAGUACCUUUUCAGUCUUGCCACAGAGGUUCCCUCAAUUUCAGCAGCACCGAGCAGUUUAUAAUUCAUUCGGUUUUCCAGGCCAGGCAGCCCGCUAUCCUUGGAUGGCCUUUCCACGCAAUAGCAUCAUGCACUUGAACCACACAGCAAACCCCACCUCAAAUAGUAAUUUCUUGGACUUGAAUCUCCCGCCACAGCACAACACAGGUCUGGGAGGGAUCCCCAUAGCAGGGGAAGAAGAGGUGAAGGUUUCGACCAUGCCACUGUCAGCCUCUUCCCAUUCAUUACAACAAGGACAGCAGCCUACAAGUCUCCACACUACUGUGGCCUGACACCAGAACUGAGAGGAGAGGAUUAGACUCUGGGGUGCUUGCAUGGGCAACUGGAUUUUUGCAUGAUUCCUUUCUGAUUUUGCAUUUAAUGUAUACACCCAAAAGAGCCGAUAUAAACGUUCCUCAUGCCUACAACUAGUGUGUACCUCAUAGUUGCUAAAGGAUUUCUUCAUUAGGCCUUUAACAUAAUUGAUUAGCAUAAUAAUUUUGGCAUUGUUUCUCAUGAGUGAUAAUAUUUUUUACUCAUACAAAUAAACUUAUAGUACUAAUUAAGAUCCCAGAGGAGAUUAGCUAGACUUGUUCUUGCUCUAUUAUUGGAAAUAUACAAAAGUAAUGGUAGUUCUUUGUUUUUUGGUUUGUGAAAAAAAUGGUAAUAUUCUAAUCUACUCCUGAAGUUUUUGAAACAUUAAGAUAAUGUCUAUUGCAUUCUUUGAAUCCUUGAAAAGAAAGAAUACAUAUAAAACAAAACUGGUGGUGUCAUUUAAUGCUCAGAAAGAUGUUGUCAGCCAUUGUUUUUAGUUGCCUAGAUUUAUAUCAUAUAUUAUGCAUUACAUGUAUACAAACUGUUUUGUUCUUAUUCAUUUGCACAUUUGCACUUUUCUUUUUGAAUGGUUGUUAAUUACACAUAGAUGGUUAAAAGGUAAUUAUUAUGGCCUAAAUGCAAUAUAAUCUCUUUUCUAAUGCACUGCCUAGUAUACCAGGAAAUGCCUCAAAAACAGAAUUUCAACUUGUAGUUGACUUUUAGAAACUUGAACAUGGGGUAAACAUUGUAUGUAAGUAGUAGUCAUAGUAGUGUAACGUUUUUAUUGGGCAAGCAGUAGUUCAGUAAGAUCUGUUUGGAAAUUUCAUUGUUAAAUAAUUGACAUGUGAUGAAAGUACCUGGCCAGAAUAAAACUUAUAGUAGAAGAAAGAAGCUGGAUGUCCUAUAAAAUGAGACCAUAUAAGUUGUAAUAGAUAACCUUAGAUAAUCAAAGAUCAAUGGAGUACUUUAUAAAGGCAUAAUGUAAAGUGAUGCUUUUGAUAAUACAGAACUUCUUGAAAUAGCCACAAAAGUGAUAAUAAAAAAAAUAAACUGAACUUAGUUCUGAGUAGUGGACAAAAGCUGAUUUAAAAACUAUCACCAUAAAAGCAUCUGGGGAGAAAAAGAAAGCCAGACCUCUUGAGAUUUUUUUUAAAAAGUUUAAAAAGUAUGCCUUAAUUUGUGAAAAACAAUAUGAAAGGGAUAUUACAAAUACCAAAAAGAAAUCUAAAUAUUAUGUUAAAUCUAAGAAUUUAGCAUAAUAUUAAUAAUAAAGCAUCUUAUUUGAAGAUGUUGCUAAUGUUAUAUAGCAUUGGCACUUUCUGGGUUACUUUUCAACAUAAAAUAUGGUGACUUCCUGUUACAUAUAACAAAAUAAAUGGCUCCAUCCUGAGGUAUAGUGGAGUAAAGUGAAAAUUUGUUCUUAGUUUUGUUUUUUGUGUUUUUUUUUUUAAUUUUGUUGAGGUCAUAGAAUUGACCAAUUCUCUACCUAUCUAAUUUGUGUUUUUAGAGUUCAGCAUAAAUAUCAAUCUCUAGCUUGCAUUUAAAAGUAAAUUUAUAGCAACGUUAUAUGAAAGUCACUGUCUUAGAAAAUACCAGAACAAUACUGUACACUUAUUAAAUAUCAGCCUUUAAUCAUA